GCCUCCCGGAGGCCCCGAGAGGCGGGCCAAGAUGGCGGCGGCGCCUGCUGCUCUGAGGCGGAAGCCCCGGCGUUUAUCACAUGGUGGAAAAUAGAAGCCGAGCUUCACAUCCACAAUGCCUGGCAGAGUCUGCUGCUGCUGUUCUGCCUUGCGCCCCCGUUACAAACGCCUGGUAGAUAACAUAUUCCCCGAAGAUCCAAAAGAUGGCCUGGUCAAAGCAGAUAUGGAGAAGCUGACCUUCUAUGCCGUCUCUGCUCCUGAGAAGCUUGACCGGAUCGGUGCCUAUUUAGCAGAGAGGCUCAGCAGAGAUGUUGUCCGACACCGCUGUGGGUAUGUCUUCAUUGCCAUGGAAGCCCUAGACCAGCUGCUCAUGGCUUGCCAUUCUCAAAGCAUCAAGCCGUUUGUGGAGAGCUUCCUUCACAUGGUGGCCAAGCUACUGGAGUCCGGAGAACCGAGGCUGCAAGUCCUGGGAACCAACUCGUUUGUCAAAUUUGCAAACAUUGAGGAGGACACGCCUUCCUAUCACCGCCGCUAUGACUUCUUUGUGUCUCGCUUCAGUGGCAUGUGUCACUCCUGCCACAAUGACCCGGAAAUACGGGACGAGAUCCGAAUUGCUGGGAUCAGGGGCAUCCAGGGGGUGGUUCGCAAAACCGUAAACGAUGAGCUCCGAGCCACCAUAUGGGAGCCCCAGCAUAUGGACAAGAUUGUUCCCUCGCUGCUUUAUAACAUGCAGAAGAUUGAAGAUGUCGACAGCCGGAUUGGGCCACCCUCCUCUCCAACAGGAGGCGAUAAAGAGGAGAACCCAGCUGUGCUGGCUGAGAAUUGCUUCAGGGAGCUGCUGGGCCGCGCUACCUAUGGGAACAUGAAUAAUGCUGUGAGACCAGUCUUUGCACAUUUAGACCAUCACAGACUGUGGGACCCCAAUGAAUUUGCUGUCCACUGCUUCAAAAUCAUCAUGUACUCCAUACAGGCGCAGUAUUCUCAUCACGUGAUACAGGAAAUCCUGGGGCACCUUGAUUGCUGCAAACGAGACUCUCCCAGAGUUCGAGCCGGUAUCAUCCAGGUCCUUUUGGAGGCAGUGGCGAUUGCUGCUAAAGGAUCCAUUGGCCCGACUGUCCUCGAGGUGUUUAACACACUGCUGAAGCACUUGAGCCUGAGUGUGGAUUUUGAGCUGGGCCAAGACUCUGAUGGCAAAGGUAGCCUCAACAGCCGCACGAAGGAGAGCGAUGAAAAGAUUGUCCAGAAUGCCAUCAUUCAAACUAUUGGUUUCUUUGGCAGCAAUCUCCCAGAUUACCAGCGCUCCGAAAUAAUGAUGUUCGUUAUGGGGAAAGUCCCUGUGUUUGGGUCGGCAUCUCAGAUCGUGGACACCACCCAGCUGGGGGAUUUGGGAACCAGGAGGAUUCAGAUAAUGUUGCUGCGGUCUUUGCUUAUGGUCACCUCGGGGUACAAUGCCAAAAGCAUCAUGACUGUUCUCUCAGCCCCGUUCCUGGACCCGCUGCUGUCCUCUUCGCUCACGGAAGACAGCGAGCUCCGGCAGCUGGUUCUAGAAGUACUACACAAUCUUAUCGAUCGGCAUGACAACAGAGCAAAGCUCAGAGGAAUAAGAAUAAUACCUGAUGUGUCUGAUCUGAAGAUAAAGCGAGACAAAAUUUCGCGGCAAGAUGUGAGCUUCAUGAAGAAGCACGGCCAGCAGCUGUACAGGCACGUUUACAUGGGCUGCAAAGAAGUCGACAACGUGCAUAAGAACUUUGAGCUGCUCUACACGUCUCUUGCUCUGAUAACGAUUGAACUCGCCAACGAAGAGGUGGUGACUGACCUCAUCCGCCUGGCCAUUGCCUUGCAGGAUACUGCCAUCCUGAACGAGGACAACCUGCCAAUGUCUCACCGCUGCAGCAUCAUGGCGCUGGUCGCCGCCUACCUCAACUUCCUGAGUCAGAUGAUCGCGGUGCCUGCCUUCUGCCAGCACAUCAGUAAGGUCAUUGAAACCAGAACUGUGGAAGCAUCGUACUUUUUGCCAGAAACCAUAUUCAGAGACAAGUGCAGUCUCCCCAAAGCCUUAGACAAGGACGACAAGAACUUGUUUUUCCUGACUCACAAGAUUGCGGAAUCCUUGGGCGGCAGCGGAUACAGCGCGGAGAGGCUGUCUGUGCCUUAUGUGCCCCAAGUGACAGAUGAAGACCGGCUGUCCCGAAGGAAGAGUAUUGUGGAUACUGUAUCUAUUCAGGUGGACAUGCUCCCUGGCAAUGGCACAGAGGACAAGGUUAACAACAUGGAGGAAAUUACCUUUGAAGCACUGAAGAAAGCGAUAGAUAACACUGGUCUUGAAGAGCAAGAGAAGGAGAAGAGGCGCCUGGUGAUUGAAAAGUUCCAGAAAGCUCCCUUUGAAGAGAUUGCAGCCCAGUGUGAAAGCAAGGCAAACCUCCUCCACGACCGGCUUGCUCAGAUCUUGGAGCUCACCAUUCGCCCUCCUCCCAGCCCCUCUGGGACGCUGACCAUCACGGCUGGACACACCCACUACCAAUCUGUCCCGGUCUAUGAGAUGAAGUUUCCAGAUCUUUGUGUGUAUUAAAGAGUCUUCUGGCCUCUGCUGGGCGUUAUUUAGCAUUCAGAGCAUGUUGUGUAGAGUUCCUCUGUCACAUUUCAGUAGAGCUUUCAGACAUAGCCCUGGACUUGGGGAAGUUGGGCUGGUGUCUACACCAGAGGUUUCUUACCCUGAUCAUUCUGCUCUUGAAGUUAAAUCUCUCUCUCUGUCAGAGUAUUUCAUGCUCUUUUUCUCUCUCUUUGGCGUAAAAAAAAAAAAGUUUACAAGUGUAACACGGUCUCUCUUGCCAAAUCAUUUUGUGUUUCGGAGAAUUUUAGACUAGAUGUCGAGAUGUCGUAGGAUCAACCGGCAAGCUCUUUGCUGGCUUGUUUACUCUUCCGCUUCUUUCGGCACAAAAACCUCAGCACCCGAAGCAAUGCUGGGUAGACACGUUGCUAGUCGUAAUCCCAUGAUACUAAACCACAGGCCUGGGGGGAGACCCCUUGCCCCUUCUCCAAUCACAGCAGCAAAUCUGAAUGUGCCAUGCUUCCUCGUGGUUCUUCACACAUGUGAUUUCCCACAUCACACAAGCCUUGCUGUGGCAAAGAAAGGCCUCUUUCUGUACAAGCACCAAAAUCUGAAAUAUAUUUUUGAUGUCUUAAUGUGUCCAGUUCAUGCCCUGUGCUUUUUGGGGGAAUCGUAUUUUUCUGUGUUGCUUUUAGAAUACCUAAAUGAGACAAUAGAUACAUAGAUAUAUAUUUGGUAUAUAGCGUAAGAGGUUAAGGGCAUUUUCAAAUGGUAAAUAGUUUUGUGUUUUUUUAAAAAACUAAUUCUGUUUGAAAUUGUAAAAGAGAAGCUGGCUAUUCCUUGAAAUGUUUCUCUCUGUAGUAUAGUGGUAUAGGCUUUUAGUGAUAUUUUGUCAACUGAAAGGGGGGAGGGAACCCUGAAUGGAGCUUCCAGGAGAGGUUAGAAUUUUUACAGUGUGCUUCCCUUCCCCUCCCCUCCAUGAGAAGUAGUUGCAUUUUAAAAAUGCACCAACUUCUAUCUGCUUUAACUUCAUUGCUACAUUUUCCUCUAAGGAUAAAAAGCGUGAGACAUUUGGCUUCCCUGCAUGCAGGGAAGAGCACUUAAUACCCAUCACAAAAGAAACAGGCCAGUUUUUUCUUACGUCCAACUCACAAUUUCAGUUUUGUUGAAAAAAACUGAAAGACAUCUGCGCUGCCCGAUAGCGCCGCUCAGUAUGAAAACAUCAGCUUGAGGCUUGGCCAGAUCAGCAUUUGAGCAUAAAAUUGGGAGGGUGUGGAGAGAGAGGUUAGCUUGACGGUGUACCAAAUGCUCAGCCUUCUGUUUUUGGUUUUCCUUUUUUAAAAAAUGAAGUAGGAGAGGGGCGGGGUCUCCCUCCCACCUUUUUACUUUGUCAACCUUGGGAAGCACUCGCCAGGCUCAGGCUGGUAACCAAGCCCUUCUUUUCAGUUUGACAGCGCAAUCACAGCUCUUAGCGGAUGACGAAACAGCCUCUUUCGUGCAGCAUUCCCCUGUGAUUGCAGCUGCUCCACCCUGCUCAGACCACAGGCGCCCGCUCAGACCUCAUAGGACGUGGUGCCAUUUUCUUGACACCCUUAGCUUCCACUUUUUGGUUUUGGAAGGUAAGAUGUCUUGGCGUCUGACGUCACCAGAGUGGUGUUUUGUUUGAAGACGAAAGUUAAUCUGAGGUCGGUGCGCACACUGAGAUCAUGCACGCCGCUGCUUUUUUUUUCUAUUGUGUGACUGCCUUGUACAAUAUAUAUAUAUAAAAAAUAAAAAUAAAAGAAUGCUGUUUUGAUUUGCACUCAUGCAGUCGGUGGAGCGUGGUGCUGAACACACCCAGCCGCUUCUUCUAUCAGCUCUGCAUGCAACAGAGGCCUUGCACUUCAUGUCGUAUUUGCUUUGCAGCCUCACCUGAGUUGUUUUCACCUGCCUGCCUUUGGUGUGUUACCUAGUGGGCACCUGCAUUCCGCAAAGCAAUGUUGUUCUUGCUCAGCAUUUAAUAGGGGAGGGGGAGAAGCAAGCGAGAGCAUUUAUCUUCUGAGGCUGGGCUAGCUGCAGAUGCAGAACAGCUGCCACGCUGGGUCCAAAAUGUUCAUUCCACUGUGAAUUGUACAGGCCUGGGAAAGCAUUGUCUUAUGCAUUGCAGUGCCUUGGUCACGGAGGCGGGACGACGGAUGGUUAAGAGAACUAUCGCUCAUUUUGUAACGGUUCCUUUAAAUCAGUAAACUUUGGAGAGUGUAAGACACAAAGGCCACGAUGUGCUUGUGGGAACAGUGGCGCUGUUCAGAUAUCUGCCACUGCUGGUAUUUGUUCGUAUUCUACCUUGCACCUUGGCGUUUCAGCUGACGACGUGUAAAAAGAAUGUUUAGCUUUUCAUAGCAUUUUAGAUUUAAGGCGUAAAAGAAAGCUGUUCUAAAGGAGGACGGUCAAGAGAACAACCAAAUUGUCUAUUUUACUGAUGCUUAGAUAUAUAUUCUGCACUCUCUGUAAUGAGCCAUUUGACUAAAUGUAAGAACACUGUGAGAAUACUGUGCAAUCCACAUGUAAGCAAUAAAAUAAACCAAGUAAGUGCAAGCAAGGCUUUAUUUUUCUUUCCCAGGUGUUUAAUUGGUUUGUGGGUAAUUGGGUUCACUUCGGGUGCAAAUAUAAGCUCUUUUGCAUGUAUCACAAAGUGCAAUAAACUUACAUGGAGGCAAUAAGGUGAAACAACUGCCUCAAAGGCGUAUGAGGCAAAAACAACAACUCUGGAAUCCUUAGGAGGACUGUAGCUGAGGGGCAGGGAACAUAAUAAGAACGUUCUGGAUCAUUGGGGCUUGUAGCCAUCAAGCCAUCAGGUUGGUGACCAGCCCUGCCUCUUGUGGGAGGGAGUUCCACAGUUUAAUUCUGCGCUGCAUGACGAAGGACUUCCUUUUAUCCGUCCUGAAUCUUCCAACAUUCAGCCUCUGUCAAUGUCCGCGAGUUAUGCUGAUAGGAGAGAGCAAAACUUUUUCUAGUCACUUUCUCCAUGCCAGGCAUAGUUUUAAGAACUUCUGUCAUGCAGUGCCAAAUGCUACAGCCUUUCUUUAUGGGGCAGUCGUUCCAUCCCCCGGAAUAGAGGCCAAAAGUUAUUGAGCUGCUGCUUUUUUUUGCCCAAAGUUGAUGAGUUUUUUGGGCAAACUAAUGCCGUUUUUGAGCUAUUUGUAUGUGUUAAUAGGAAUUCUAAGGUCUCAUAUAUAUGUAAAUCAUAUGUAUGUAUUUGCCUUGUAGAUUUAUGAACAUAAGUAUAUAAACCACAUGUCUGAAAUAGUACAAGAGAACAAUCCUGAAGCCAUUUUGACUCUUCCAGCCACCUCAAAAAUUCUAUGCUGAGAGGAAGGACAAGCUCCCCUUGUCUCUUUGCUCACAAAUCCUGUCUUAAGGGCAUAUUUGUGUAUGAAUAGGGUGAGCCUGUGACCUGGAUUCUGGAUGUUGUUGUUGUUUAGUCGUUUAGUCGUGUCCGACUCUUCGUGACCCCAUGGACCAGAGCACGCCAGGCACUCCUGUCUUGCACUGCCUCCCGCAGUUUGGUCAAACUCAUGUUCGUAGCUUCGAGAACACUGUCCAACCAUCUUGUCCUCUGACGUCCCCUUCUCCUAGUGCCCUCAAUCUUUCCCAACAUCAGGGUCUUUUC